AUGCCUAUCGGCUAUUUCCAAUCGGAUUUCAAGGAUUUCAGCGAUUCUAACAAAAAAAUAUUGGUAAAAAUCGCGAAUUUCAUAUUUUUUCUCGCGGAAAAAUCCAAAAAUGCCUACAAUUGGCUUGCCUGCGUCGCCGUUUUCAUAAAUUGUAUACAUUUAUCGAUUUUAACACGGAAAUCGAUGGGAUUGAAUAGUAUAAAUAUAAUUAUGAUUGGAAUUUGCAUAUGUGACCUUGUUAAUAUGAGUUAUGCCAUUUAUGAUAUCAUUUUUCUAAUUGUUCAUCCAAAUGACAAAUGCACUCCACCGCUGAGCUAUGCCAUGGAGCUCCUGGAUUAUUGGCUCCUGAGUUUCCAGGACAUUACCCGCCGCAUGACGUCAUUUUUUGGAGUUUUAAUGACCAUAGUGAGGUUUUUUAUCAUAAAAUUUGCACUUAAUCGGAAAUUUGACACAAUUUCCAAAGCUCGGUUCGCAAUUUGUUCUAUAGCUAUUGGAUUUGUGCUGAGCUCGGGAAUCACACUGUUUUUCUGGUUGAGAUAUGAAUUUGUUGAGGUUAAGCCAUGGAUACCACCAAAAAAAUGCUCCCAGUUUCCGCCAAACUACACAGUUUCCGAAUACAUGUCAACCAUGGCUAAAGCGUACUCAAAAGCUGAUCAAACGCCACUUCUCACUGUUUUUACUAUACUUGAUGGCCUUAGCAAGAUAAUUCCAGCAGUAAUUUAUCCGAUUUUCACAUUUUUACUAAUUCAGCAGCUGAGAGCUGCAAUUGCGCUCCGGCGGAAAACUUCAACUUCAAUGGGGAGCAGGCUGGAAAGCACAAAAUCCGACCAAACUACGAAAAUGGUGAUUCUAAUGACAGUAACCUUUACGAUAUCAGAAGGUCCAAUUGGGAUCUGCUAUAUACUUGAAGGGACUUUACCGAAACGCUCUGUUUUUCGAGAUAUCAACUACGAUUUGAUGGAUGCUUUUACAAUUUUCGUGGCAAUCAACGCUAGUGUUCACUUUUUGAUUUGCCUAGGCGUACAUUCACAGUAUCGGAAAUCUGCAAAAGAAUUGCUGUUUUGUGAGAGAAUUUAUAAAAAUUUGAAGACCUCUAGGAUAAGUGUGACAUCCACAACCUCCCAAGAAAAUGUACCUGCAAGACGAAUUGCUAUUCAAUAA